CAUAGUCUCUUGUCCGUGAACCAAUCGGAAUAUGGGCAAGGUUGCCAGAUCCCAACGAUAAAAAAAAGUUAAAUCAAGACAUAGAAAAGCCAGAAUGAGUUAACAAUUUUACCAAGUACAAAAGCCCCAUGAUUUGUCGGAUUUGAAGCCCUUGGCACAAUAGUGGAUUUGCACAGUUUUCAAUAUGCUGAUGUAGAGCAAUCACUUAAUUUAGAUUAAUUAUAUAGAAUAGAAGGUUAUAAAUUUUCUCUGAUUUUUGUAAAAGCCUAUAUUUCACCCAAUAUUUUGCAGUCGUUUUUCACUGGAACACUUAUUAAUAGCGUCGCGCUUGUCCAUCUAUUUUGCAAACUUGGUGCCCAGUCAAGAAGAUAAGGCCUUACCGCACACGUCUACAUGUACCGAAACGCGACCUCCAUGUACAUCAGGGGUCGGAAGUCUAUGGCCCGCGGGCCAUAUCCUGCCAGCGAUGCUUCACUGAAAUUUGGAGACAAAACGGCGGCUGCGAAUUUCUUGGGAUGCAAUAAAAUCCAUAUUUAUUCGAGAGAUGUGUGAAGCUUGAUUUUAUAAAAUGUUAUAUACUUGAAGGAAAUCUCUAUCCAGAUUUGACAAACCGUGACUAACCAUGCGAAAAAAAAUUCAAAUCGAUGCCUGGAAGUACAUAUGCGUGCAGAAAAUUUAUUUUCGAAACUGAACAUUACAAAGAACAAGCGGAGAACUAGGAUUAGUGAUGCCCAACGACUAACAUUCCAUGAUGCCCAUUUGAAAAAUGUUUUUUUUUGCAUCUUGGUUUCGUCCGGUGCGUCGCCUGAUGUCGAAAAGCUAUACAUUAAAUUUUAUUUGUAAAUUUGUUGUCUUGUAAGACGGCUUGAGUUUACGAGUCGUCGCAGUGACUGCUCGCUAUUUAAAAUUUUAACUUCUGAUUUGGGUAAAAAUGUGAUUCGUCAGCCACCCAUUCGCUGUUUAGCUUUCCUAAAAAAAUAUGUGCGGCCCGCUAAGAUUUGAAACCCUUAAUUUUAGCCCGCAUGCGAAAAAAUGUUGCCGACCUCUGAUGUACAUAUAUUUGGACAUUCUUCUCAUGUUUUCAAGAAGUACUGAAACUAUUAUCACGUGAUUUCAAAAUUCAUCCUGAUCAACUUGACUGACUGCCACUGUGACGUCAGAAACGUAACUAUUGUCAAAGAAUCCAAUAGGUAGUAUGCCAGAACAAAAAUAUGAAUAAACCAAGAAAACUAGUUUAUGUUGAAAGAAUAAAAUUACUAAUAUAUUUCAAAACAUCAACUUUGAUUAUCCUUAUUCUACGCACGGAGUAAGCUUUUUUUUUGAAUGUAACCUUUUUUUAAAUAUUUUGUACCUUUGUCAUUUGGAACCAAGUUGAAUUAUCUGGUAACAUAUAAUGAGGUAACUUCUCAGGCAUAGUUACGAAUGUAACGUUCUGAUUGGACGAAAUAAUAUUUCCAUUGUUCUGAGUUUCCCUGGUAACAGAAGGUCAGAUUUCCGUUAUAAAUUGAUUUCUGCUGUUUGCUAAACUGCACUUCAAAUUGUGAGAAAUCGUUAAAAAGAUUAACCAGCUUCCGAUAUCCACCAACAGGGUUGAUUUUAGACGCCAAUUGCUUGAAUAAAAUCUGCUCGUUGGAAUACAAGUCGAAAAACUUGCUGACAAAUCUGUAAGUAUGAAUGAGGAAACUGUUGAAAGAUCCUCAAAUAUGUCAGCUACUGAUGAAGAGUUUGAUAAUAAGGAUGAACUCUGUCCCCGCGUUGGCAUACAUCUUCAGAAAAGUACAAAUGAAUCGGCAUGUAAAUACGAUGAAACCGAUAGAAAGCUUUCUUGGAAUAGCCGACCAAUUGAAAAAGAGAGUAUGUUGUCAGCGGUCGUCAAAAAUACACCUCGUGUGGAACGAGAUGGUGGAGAUGCAAGUACUGGAUGUAAAAUAAAAUCCGAAGUUAAAUUCAUGUCAAACGCUUGCGAAGACAAGCGUUUGAAAGUACAACAAAAAUUUGUUAAUCUGGAGACCAAAAACAACACUGGUCAAUCUGCGGAUCAGACUGUAAUGGAAAGUAAUGAUCGUUCCAGCACAAACACGUCUCGACGCCAGCUGGAAGAUGCUUUGAUGGCACUUAACAUCACACGAGCUCAUGCAGAUAAAAUGCGCAAUCGGUUGCAUUCAUGUUCAUCCACCUUGAAGGAACAAACCGAUGAUCUUCGUAUCUCAUCACGUGCUUUAUCGUCAGCUUUAGAUAAAGUGGAGGAAUACAAGAAAAAGUGGCAAGAGGAAAUCUCUCUGAAAGAGGGCGUUUUGAGAAAAAUAAAAAACCAAGAGAGUAGAGCAAGAUUCUUGCAAAAUCUAGAGACUGAUUUGAAGCUUUUUCAACGUGGAUAUGAGAAGCUUGGUGAGCUUUUCGAAUGUAAACUGUCUUUACAAAAUAUUAAUGAAAGCUCAACGUUCAUGUGGAACAAAGUUAAAAAUCUGCUCAAUUUUGUCGAUCACGUGCAAGUUGCAGCUUCACUUGCCGCUACUGCUCAUGAACUACAACUGAAGGAACGUACUGAAGCAUUUGAACGUGAGAAAUGUGUCUGGCAAAACCUUUUAAAAAACAAAGAUGAAGUUUGUGAAGCCAGGAUGAUCCGACUAAGAUAUGAGAACAACAAGUUGAAAGAAGAAUUGAAUGCAGCGCAUGAAACAGUAGAACAGACGAGAGAUUUACAUCGACGAGAGAAAGAUGAAAGUGAAGAGAUAUUUAAGAAUGAUGCUUAUAAAAUAGGAAUGCUUGGGUGCAUUAGCAAACAAAACUAUAACUUGUUGUCUCAAUCGCAUUCAUCAAUGAAAGUGUUAUAUGAGAAAAAUACUAAAAUCUGUCAAUCAAUGGAAAAAGAAAAUGCUGAUCUGCGGGUCGACAUGAAGAGAAUUGAAUCUCUUCUCAUUCAGAUGACAAAUGAGUUCAAACCAGGAAACAUUCAGAAACAAGACAAAUCAAUCGAGUGUAACGUUCCUAUCAUGCAAUAUGAUGAAAUAAAAAAACAAAAACAUGAUUUGAUGAAGGAAAAUGAGAAUAUGAAGCAAUCUUUGACUAAUGUCAGGAAAGAGUUUGUUAGAAAAAACAAUACAUAUAACCGAAUGUAUUCCAACUUCCAACGUCUGAAAUCAGCGUAUCAUCAACAAGAAUUGACUUUUCAACAUCUACAAGCUGACAAUUCAGCGUUGCGCAAAUUCAUUGAAAGAAAAGAUCAAGGCGCCUCGGAUACCAAUAGAGAACUGUCUUUACGGCAGACCGUUGAUAAUGAGAAUCCGGUUUGUAAACGUCAACCAUUGACUGUACCUUGUGAUAAAAUUGUAGGAGAAUCUGCCACAACUAAUCUCGACAACAGAGAUGGUACUCUGGAAAAACUGGAAUUGUCGUCGAUAAAAAGUUGUCUGUUAAAGAAAGGAAGUCGUAGCAUUACUGACAUUUCCGAAGAAAAGACAAAACCGGUGGAAAAUUUUGCGACAUCUACACCGGUGAAAAGAACCUUAAAACAAAACCUGAAACCUCGCACGGUUCCCGCAAUAUGUCCUUCCAUCGAUUCUGACCGAUCUGAAACUUCAGCAAGACGUAGGCGUUCAGAGAGCGCAGUUGAGCAGACAAUAAAUGAAACCAGAUAUACCGAUGAUAAACGUCCCACUGGAAAGAAAGACAAAAAUAGCAGAUCCGUUUUUAAUCGAAAAACUGUGCAAUCGUGUGACGAAGACAUUCAUGUAACGGGAUCUAAUAUUAUAAAGGAUUAUGAUUUGAAUAGAAAGCCAGGAAAUUUUGGCAUGAUUUGCUCUCCUAUAUUGGAUAGACCAAAAAAUCGUCUUGUAGGCAUUCCCAUGUCUGAACAAGAAUUUCAGAGACUAGUCGGAUCGAAGAACGAAGAUAAUUCCACCUUGAAGGACGAUGGAUAUCAUACUUUAUCUGAUACGGAUCAUGAAAUGAAGUCAGCUCAUGCCUCAAUGUCAAAUACGCGUAACAAUUCAAAUUCCUUUAGUCUAAUAUCCUCUGCACCUGAGUUGAAAGAUAAAAUCUCACGACGGAUCAAUCGUACUCCUAAAAUACCACACAAAAAUAUCAGCGAUCAGUACUUGGUGACGUAUAGAGGAGUUACAUUUGAUGUAGCAUCGUUUAAUAUAACGCAAAUGCGUCACAUUUCAUGGAACGAAGGAUUUUCUGAAUCUCAGGAAGAAAUGCACAAGUUUAUUGACUUUUUAGCUGAAGUAGCUCUAGAAUUGGACCAUGAUCCAGACUGGUGCAAAAGACAUUCACUUGGAAAGUCGUCAGAUUGGUUAGAACUGAAACACUUGCUAUGAAAACAUUUACUCUUAUGUCAUGUAAACAUCGCUAAUUCUAUGCAAUGAUGCUUCCCAUUUAACGUAUAUUUUAUUUAGCCGUUUUUUUUUUAUCUUCAUUCGGCUUUUUAUUUUUUCUAUUUAUUUUUAUUGAACUGUUUAUUAGACCAUGAUUUUAUUAAAGUAACAUGCCAAUUUGGUGAAUAUUUGUUUACCAGUGUCAUAUUUUUUAUGAUUAUUUUUAUCAAUUUCAUGAUUAUUAGUUAUAAAGAGAAAUUUUCAUCUUCCCGGUAG